UGGACGUGGACUGAGAGGCGACCACAAGAAACACACGUGUGGGAGGAAAGGUUGACGUUGGAGUUUUUACUAUCUUGUGCAUCGCAUAGAGAGAGAGAGAGACAGCUGUGGCAUCAUUUGCAGCAGACCAAUAAAGAAAGCCGUGUUGGUGCUCGUGGGAUUCAUUCAACCUUUUUUUUUUUUUUUUUUUUUUUGCUUUUUUUAAUUUAAUCAUCAGGAAAUCCACAGCGCGCAUCUGAUCCACUGGUGCGUAAAGACCCGUGCGUAAAACUGAACAUCAUGUCAGAGAGAAUCUAUUUCUACUUGAAACCUUAAAGCUUCAUUACUGAGGGAGUGAUUGACACGGAGGGUUUUUGAUGGAGGUGGUUAUGGUGACACUUUCUCCGGACUUUCAGUUUUGGAUUGGCACCACAGCGCCUUUAAAUCUUCUUCUGGACUUUUUUAUAAUGUUUCAGUAAGAGAGAGGAGCGGAUCCUGUUUCUGCAUGGGACAGUUUUUGGAUCUCUUAAUUGUCACCUUCUAUGUGUCACAAGAGGGGGAUUAAAAGUGAGCUGAAAUCCCCAUCAUCAGGAGGAACUUUAUUUCCCAGAGCUUCCAGCAGCGAAUCAGUGGAGUAUUCAUGAAGCAAUAUUUGAACUAUUACAAGAUGAGGCUGAGAACAUCGAGGUUAGGUUAUCUGUAAGUAAAGAGGUGUCUAACAUGAUACAGAUGUCAUUGAAUUUGAGCAACAGGAUAGAUCUUAUAAUAUUGUUUUUCUUUUCUUUCCCCCUCCUCAGGUUACUUCAGUUCACGGCGCUUUGCUUUUACGCACAGAACACUGUGCAGUCCCCUCCUAAUUUCAAGCACCAUGUCACCGAGCAGAGCCGGCUGUCGGACCGGAUGAGCCGCAGGUUGACACGAACCUACCAGCUGUACAGCCGCACCAGCGGCAAACACGUGCAGGUCCUCGGCAACAAGAGGGUCAACGCCAACGGAGACGACGGAGCGGUGCACGCCAAACUGGAAGUGGAGACGGACUCUUUUGGAAGUCGCGUUCGCAUUAAAGGGGUGAAGACAGGAUACUACAUAUGUAUGAACAAGAGGGGGAAGCUGGUCGGCAAGCGGAAAGGACGAGGCAAAGACUGCAUCUUCACCGAGAUUGUUCUGGAAAACAACUACACGGCGCUGCAGAACGCCAAGUACGAGGGCUGGUACAUGGCCUUCACGCGCAAGGGCCGUCCGAGGAAGGCCUCCAAGACCAAGCAGCACCAGAGGGAGGCCCACUUCAUGAAGCGCCUACCCAGGGGGCACUUGCUGAGUGAGAGGAGGCCGUUCGAUGUCCUCCCUCUCCGUGUCCCCGCGCACCCUUUGAAUAAGCGGACUAAACAUUCCCAUCACAAGCGCUCGGGGGGCCGCUGAGCACUGAAACCGCUGAGGGAGAACUGUGGACGAACCAGCACAGAAGAACCACUACAAAGGGAAACAAAUGCUCCCAGAGAAAUUAACUUUUACAGUCAAAGUGCCCAGGCACUUUUUGCCUCAUUUUGUGGACUUUGUGUAAUUCUUUGUACUGGAUUGUAUGUAACCAUUGACUAUCUAAUCUGCUAGUUAUUUCCAAUUCAGACAGACUUUAGGACAGAUUUUUACUUAUUAAAUUGGGGGGCAUUUAAGGUACCGAAGAGCUCAACAACGUUGUCAUGAAUGUCUGGUUAGAAGUUAGCCAGCUCAGCAACAAAGAAUGUUUAAAAGAGUACAAUGAAGCUAGACACGGCAGCUAUCUGUGGAUUUUCUUGUGGUUACAGCAUCUGAGUCUCAGUUGACAUGCCAUCCUGCCUUUAGGAGGCCAUUCUGGAGAUUUUUUAACCUUUUUUUUCUACAUAUAUGAAUAUAUUUUUACUGUAAAAAUGUAAAUGACGUCAAAUGAUGGAAAUAUUUAUUGUAGAGUGUAUAUUAAAACCACUAAAGAAUCAGU